AUGCUUCCACAGGGCUCGACUUUCCUCCAACAGCCUGCUCAUGCAAUGGGCAAGAAGCGGUCCCACGAGGAGGCUUCAUACAACCUCGAGCCCGAUGCAACAAACGGCAGCUUUCAACACGGUUGGAUGAAUGGUGAGGGAAUAUUGCUCGCGAAGCCAUGUGUGGUUUCCAGCCGCGAAGCAGAUGGUCUGUCUGGUACUGGGCUUGACGAUGUGAUCACUGAACAGCAAGGGAGUGGAUUGCCGACUGGUCGACAGCUGAGGAACCAUAAAUCCCAAAGGCUUCUCAACGGCAGUGAUCAUGCAUCCUAUAGCAAAACGACGUCGACGAUGCCACGAACAACGACGAACAUGACCGACAGCAGUAUGAAUGACGACCCGGUCAUUGACGACUUUACUCUUCACCUCGGCAUUGGUUGGAAAAGGAUCAACGAUAGCGACCACGUCCAAGCCGCAGCUAGGGGCUGGGCACGCUUCAUUGAGAAUCACUAUCCUCUCACUAACGUUAAUGUCCUGCUGGAGAGCAAGGGUCUACAGUCAUAUCUAGUCGAAUCCAAUGAAGGUUUCUACCUCUUCACAGAAAACCUCCGUCAAGGGCAGCUAUAUAAAUAA